AUGCUUUCCUUCCCGAAGUCGCGCAUGCUGCUAGGGCUGGGAAAGCCGCUUAAGUUUCCUGUGCCAACUCGGAGUCUCGCAUCGUCAAAUAAACCGGAUGUCGACCCUAGUCAGUCGGAAGUUUGUCACGCCGCGAAUCUAUCGGGAAAACAAGGAACCGAGCAGUUGUCCGAAUCUAUAAAGCCAUGGGCGGAACGAUUGGAUGAUUUAAAUCAAGAGACGCGGCUCCCUAGGAGUGUGCAAGCUCUCUACUUGCGUCCUCUUCGAAGAAAGGCUCAGUACGGUCUCCCAGUCUGUGAUCUCCAGUUGAGAUCGUACAGUGUACGGAACGUCGAAUUCUUCGCCGAUUUUGCCAUUCGCGCGGCAUACUAUCUGAAACUCCCCGUUUCGGGACCUGUGCCGUUGCCGCGCAUUGUUGAGCGCUGGACAUUUCCACGAAGCAAUUUCGUACAUAAGAAAAGCCAAGAAAAUUUUGAAAGAAUAACACUUCGGCGAUUGAUUCAAAUCAAAGAUGGCAAUCCGCAGACUGUACAGGCGUGGCUGGCCUUCUUAAGAAAGCACUCCUUCUAUGGAGUAGGUCUAAAGGCAAAUGUUUGGGAGCAUGAAAGUCUCGACGUGGCUAAAACUAUGGAUGAUGUGAUUCCUGAGAUUGAGCAAUCACUUGAGCCGCACCUCUCCCAAUUCGGCCAGAGAAAAGAUAGGGGUGGUGACCAAUCGAUAUUGGAUAUCUUGGAAAGCGAACGAUUUACUCAGAACAAGGGACCACUGGCUGACGUCCGCAGGAGCUAA